AUGCCCAUCCAAAUUACAGACUUGAGAGAUUUUAUCAAUACUUCUAGACGUGCAGAUGCCAAAUCAGUGACUGUUGUAAAGGUUAAGAAGGAUAACCACAUCACAACAAAGUUCAAGAUCAGAUGCAGUCGUUAUUUGUAUACAUUGGUUAUGAAGGAUUUAGAAAAGGCAAAGAAGUUAGAGUCAUCAUUACCUCCAACUCUUAAGAAGUCUACUAUUUCUCGCUCUGUUAAGAAGUGA